AUGCAUGAAGUUAAGAAAUUAACCAAUGGUGAAUUUUUACAGCUCUUCAGUUGGCAUGCCUUUGAACAAGAUCGUCCCAUUGAAGUUUACAUGGAGCACUCAGAAAGGGUUGUGAAGUAUUGUGGAGGGCUUCUUUUAGCUCUUCAGUUGCUUAGAUCAUUGAAAGUCCUCAAUCUCUACCAUUUCAGUAGCAUUAUGUUUGACUUCUCAAAUGUCCCUAAUCUUGAGAGCUUGAUUCUUAUAAAUCAUAUAAACUUGAUUGAGUUUCACGAAUCCAUUUGGGAAUUGGGGAGACUAGUUUUACCGGAUCUUAAAGAUUGCAAAAAUCUUAGGAAGCUUCCAUCAGGAAUUGGCCAGCUAAAAUCUCCUGAAAAUCUCAUUCUCUCUGGUUGCUCCAAGCUCUUCCAAUUGCCUAUAGAGUUGGGCAGGGUGGAGUCUUUGAAAUUGCUCCUUACUAACAGAACUGCUAUAAAUCAAUCACUUUUAACGAGCACUGACUUAAAAUCAUGUUUUUCACACUUGUGUUACUGGGGAUCAGGGCCAAGGGAAAAUCUCAAAGCCAUCAAUUUUUCAGACUACUUUACCACGCUCGUUAACAAGGUUAAGUCUUGCAGACUGCAAUAUACCGGAUGA